AAACAAAUGAUGUUUACUGAAGUACUUUUAACCUACAAAAUAAUCGACCCUUUAUACAAUUACGAUUGCAAUUCACCUUACGUUCCUUUUUGAAUAGAUAAGCUAAAAGAACAUAACACGUAAUGGGCAACGUGGACACGAAGCUAAAUUUUCGAAAGGCCGUCGUACAAUUAACUUCAAAAACUGAGCGUAUCGAUGUAUCAGAUGACGCAUUUUGGGAACAGUUUUGGUCCGAAAAUGUAACAAACAUACAAGACAUUUUCACACUGGUUCCGGCAACAGAGAUUCGGUCAUUACGUGAGGAGGCCCCAACGAAUUUGGCCACCCUGUGUUAUAAGGCGGUCGAAAAAAUCGUCAAAGUAGUUGACAGCAGCUGUCGAACACAACACGAACAACAGACAGCCUUAAACUGUGUUCGAUUGCUGACGAGGAUAUUGCCGUACAUUUUUGAAGACCCAGAGUGGAGAGGGUUCUUUUGGUCUUCUCUGCCUAAUCAGUGCGAGAAUGAAGAGGAACCGCUGCCUUUAGCACAAUCACUGCAAAAUGCAGUGUGUGAUCUUUUAUUUUGUCCUGACUUCACCGUAAUGGGAGCACGUAAACUUGGCCCUGAUAAAGCCGAAGACUUAUUAGCUAUAGACAGUUGCGAGUAUAUCUGGGAGGCCGGAGUCGGAUUCGCGCAUUCCCCGCCGAGGAAUACCAUUUUCGACUCGAACCGCACGGAGCUGAUCAAAUUACUUUUGACAUGUUUCAGCGAAACAAUUUAUCAGCCGCCGUCCGAAAUAUCGAUAAAUCCAAAUAAGUGGAUUAUGCACCUAACUUCGGCCGACAAUCGCCACGCCCUCCCCAUGUUUACCUCACUGUUAAAUACGGUAUGCGCCUAUGAUCCGGUUGGUUUGGGCGUGCCGUACAACCAUUUAUUAUUCAACGAUUCCCUGGAACCGUUAGUAGAGGCUGCUUUACAAAUUCUCAUCGUAACCUUAGACUACGAUACCAGUAACAGCACGACUACGUCGGACUCGGAAGAAGCCCCAACACCCGAUAACCUUUUCAUUAAUUAUUUAUCGAGAAUUCACAGAGACGAGGAUUUCCAUUUUAUACUGAGAGGCGUUACGAGGUUGCUUAACAAUCCUCUUGUCCAGACGUACCUACCGAAUUCCACCAAGAAGGUUUACUUUCAUCAGGAGUUACUUAUAUUUUUCUGGAAAAUGUGCGACUAUAAUAAGAAAUUUCUGUACUUUGUUUUGAAAAGUAGCGACGUACUUGAAGUCUUAGUUCCGGUGCUGUAUCAUUUGAAUGACUCCAGAGCAGAUCAGUCUCGAGUGGGUUUAAUGCAUAUCGGAGUAUUUAUCUUGCUUCUUUUAUCUGGCGAGCGAAAUUUCGGAGUACGCCUCAACAAGCCUUACACCGCAACAAUUCCGAUGGACAUUCCCGUGUUUACCGGCACUCACGCGGACCUGCUGAUUAUCGUAUUUCACAAGAUCAUAACGACCGGACAUCAACGUCUGCAGCCGUUAUUUGACUGCCUUUUGACUAUUCUAGUAAAUGUCUCCCCUUAUUUAAAAACCCUAUCCAUGGUGGCAAGCACGAAACUGUUACACCUACUGGAGGCGUUCAGCACGCCUUGGUUUUUAUUUUCGUCCCCCUCCCACCACCAUUUAGUAUUCUUCCUUUUAGAAAUAUUCAACAACAUUAUCCAGUAUCAGUUUGACGGUAACUCCAAUUUGGUUUACACGAUUAUACGUAAACGGCAGGUUUUUCAUAGUUUAGCGAAUUUGCCGUGCGACUACGGAAGCAUCGCGAAAUCCCUCAACAAAAAAAUCAAAAAUCACCUGCCCAAGUCGGUGAGUCAUGAAAACGUGCAGGAACUGGCGAUGGACGGUUCGCAUCCCGCCCUACCCGCGGAACCGGGAACGCUAAAGGCGUCUUUGCCCGACACACCCGGCAUUACCCAAAUGACCGAGAAAGAGUCGGCGCACCCGGCGUAUCAGCAAUUGGAUCAGUUACCGCUAACAAAUGGCAUGGCAUCUUUGAAUUUAAAUACGUCCGGCUGCAGCGGUGGCUUCGACAAGAACGAGCAAAAAGACAUGAAUGUAAAUUUAACGGACCCUUCAAUACAGCCGGACAAAUCUCGAACGGAUGACCUGACGACACCCCUAAAACAUUCGGUCAACACACGUAACAGUUUGCGCGUAUCGGCAACAUCUGAUAGAAUGGUGAGCCAAUGGGUGCCGACUGGUGAAUGGGUGCAAUCAUGGAAAAGCAAACUACCCUUGCAAACGAUUAUGAGGUUACUGCAGGUUUUAGUACCACAAGUUGAGAAAAUUUGCAUUGACAAGGGCCUUACUGAUGAAAGUGAAAUUUUGAAAUUUUUACAACAUGGUACACUAGUCGGACUACUGCCCGUUCCCCAUCCCAUUUUGAUCAGGAAAUACCAGGCAAAUACUGGAACCACAGUUUGGUUUCGAACCUACAUGUGGGGCAUUAUCUAUCUCAGGAAUGUGGAACCGCCAAUAUGGUAUGAUACGGACGUUAAAUUAUUUGAAAUUCAAAAAGUGUAAGUUUAAAUGUCUAUUUAUUAUUUAUUGCGUAGCAUUCCAGUAUAUGUUGUAAUUUUCGUAGAUUGUGAUAUAACUACUAUCGACCAUAUUUUUGUAUUUACCUCUUUUUUUGUUUAAAAUGCUUUAAUAAGUGUAAAUUAAUUUAUUGCUUUGUAUCAUAUUAUAGAAAUGUAUAUCUAAUUGUUAAUUAAAUUAUUUACCGUC